AUGGCAGCCGAAACAUACGGAAGAAACCGCCAGUCAAUUGCAGACCUCGAACAAGAAAUCAACGACAUAUUCGAGGACCACCCCCAAUCCCAUUACAAUGAAUCCAACGAACCCGUCAUCCCCGGAGACGCGCUUGUCGACGUCCUCCGUACCUUCUCAAGCAACCACAAUGCGGUCGAGCUGAUGACGCGCGAGGAGGAGGAACAGCUCACAAACCUCGUCACGAGCAACCCGGGCAUCCAAGUCACGCCCCAGGUCCUCCUCCAGUUUAUCGCUAUGCAGACCACCCUCAGCCCUAGCCCCAAGCACAGCCCCGAGGGCUCGCCAUCACCAAAUGCGACCGCGUUCUCGGACCGCGGCAGGUCGGAGGACCGUGACUAUGACGGCAUGAACUCGCGCUCGUCAAGUCGCGACUCUACCGGCACGUACUACAGACCGUCGUCGAGAGGCCCAUCCCAGGAGUCGCCAUUUGACACAAGCCGGAGACAGCGCACGACGCCGUUGAACAAGAACGCUCCGUCGAGUUGGUCGCGAAGGCCACCACCAUCGCGCCGCAAGAGCGACGCUGGGCACAGUCGCGCUAUGAGUGACUCGGAGUCUGUGACAUCACCACCGAGUUCAUAUGCGCGUACUCCCGGCCGUAGUCGCGCACCAUCCAACCCCACCAGCCCGACGUUCAGCCCUCCUCAAGUCAGCAAAUCCAUCAGCUCACCUCCCUUUGGUGGCCCCUCUCGCCCACAUUCGCGCGCACAAUCACAACCGCAAGGGCACUUCUCGUCACUGGAUAAUGCCGCGAAUGACUACUAUGGCUCGUCGCCUGAGCGCGAGUACGGCCAGCGCGACACAUCCUCGGGGCUGAUGUCUCCGCCGCCCUCUGACGCAUCCUUCGACGACGAAAGACACUUCUCGGAGCAGAUUUCGUCUCUGCCUCUGCCGCGACAUUCGGCAGAUGAUUCGGAUGACGACUCGGAUGAAAUCGAGGAGGCGCUCCUCGGUCUUGUCAUGGACCGUUCAGCGGCCUCGUCGACCGUUUCGUUGGACAUGCAGGGCCGUCUGGACGCGCUUCAGAGGAUGAACACCGACUUGGGCAGGAAGCUGCUGGAGGCGGAACGCACGCUGCAGAAUCGCCUUGCAGACCACGAGCAAGAGUUGGAAGACAUGCAGAUGCGACUGGAGGAGUCAAGAAGUGAGCUAAGUGCAACCAAGCGCGAGGAGAAGGAUCUUCGUGGCAAAGAGCGUCAAAACUCCACGCAAAUCGCGGCGUUGGAGACUGAGAUCAUGAAGCUGCAGAAGACGCUAGACACCGCCCGCUCGUCAUAUCAGAGUCUCCAGAAGCAGUAUCAGGAGCAAUGCACCGAGUCCGAACGCUACCGCAACCAGCUUCGACGGCGCGACCAGGAAAUCAAGGACCUCCAAGACGCAGCGCAGAUGCAAUCCAUCGAGACGCAGAAGUGGCUGCGCGAGCAGUCCAACUAUGAGGAGCGCAUUGCCUCCCUCGAGGAGGAGCUCCUGAUCGCUCAGCAAGCACAGGCACAGCUCGACGAGCAGAAGCAGGAGAACAUGCUGCUCAAGGAGACCAUCGACCGGAUGCGCUUCGACAUGGACGAGCUCCGGAAUAGUGCAAGCGCGCUCGAGAAGGGCGGCUCCUCCGGAACCGCAAGUGCGCAAGGCAGCGUGAGUAAGAGCCUCGGCGCAGAGCUCCUCAGCAAGAUGAAAGACGGAAAGUGGGACAUGGACGAGGAGGUCGAGGAGGAGCCGACGAGCUUCGAAGUUGAGGUCGAGGCUGAAGACGACGAGACGGAGUCCGAGGACGUCGUCCAGACCAUCAUCACGCGGACCAAGAGGAAGGUCGCCAGUCGCGCGAAGAAGAUCGAGACCUACCAGCUGGACGAGACGAAGGAGUACUCAGACACAGGCGUCCAGCACGAGCCCGCAGGAUUUACGUCGUCCCGCACCGUGCAGACCGACCCCCCGCCGAAGAUCCUUACCGCUUCGUUCAGCAUUCAAACCGAAGAACCACCUGUUUCGACCAUGUCAAUCCAAACAGAACCAGAACCGAUACCCACCCCUCCUGUGCACAUCACCUUCGACGCCGGUAUCCAGACCGAGGCAUCGAGCAUUGAGGAAGACGAUGAUGCCCUUGCGUCCUCAUCGUCGACCCUGUUACCCCCCACCCCCAAGGCCGCACAGGAGCACCUGCACGCGCAUGACCUCCCGCCCGCAUACAACCAGGUCGCCGGGGACGAACUCGCGCUGCGUGUCGCGAACGAGACCCUCAAGACCUGGCACAAGGGUCUCAAGUUCCCGAUCGAGCCCCUCAUCGGCGGUGUCUCUGUAGAUGCCGUCGAGGACUGGAAGGCGCUCAAGGAGGAGCUUGGUGUCGACUGCGCCGCGAUCGACCGUCUCAUCGAGGAGUCCGCUCGCACCAACCAGCCGCGCCCCGGCAAAUCCCCCGCGCGUCCACGCAAGAGCGGCCGCUUCUACAACAUCUACAACACGUACGUGUAUGGCGACCCAGACCGCGGCAGCUCCCUCGUUGCGGGCGGGCACUUGCUCAUCUGCGUCGGUGCUUCCGCGCUCGUCGCGUUCCUCAUGGGCCAGGCGAUGGCGCCGCAAUACGCGAUCCCCGGCGGUGCUACCUACUACGACCGCGCUGCAUGGUCGAGCUUCAACUCGAUGCAAGCAGGCGGCGAGGGCUUCUCGGGCGACAGCACUGCUGCCGUUUGGGGCAUCCUCGGUCGUCUCGGCGGCGGUGCCGUCAGGACCCUCCGCGGAUGGCCAGCGUACGCGUGAAGAUGCCUCACCCUCCAUACACCACUCACUCCGCCCUCUACUCAUACUCGCCAUACCCCAUCCCUCCCCGCCCCACACAAUACCCCCACC